AAAGUUGUGCGGUGCUGCUGCUGCUAAGAAAAAAGUGUUUUAAGUCCAAAAAAACGCUUAAUAAUACCCAGAAAACAAUAAAAACACUUCAACUAACUUUGCUUAAUGCAGAGCAAUAAAAAACACAUCGAAAAAGUGAAUUUUUAAAGGAUUUAUUCAAAUGUAAAGUGAGCGCAGAUUUCCCGGCCAAUUGGUACAGCGAAGAUGGGAAACGGAAUGCACAAAAACGCAUAAAUUGUGCAAAUUCCGUAGUGAAAUUAAUAAAACAACUUAAUACGUGAUCAAAAUAAGACAUUUCUAAAACAAUUAGCAAGUGGUUAACAAGUUAAAGCCACCAAAACUGCCAUGAAAAAACUGAGACUCCCGCGGACAAUGUGAGACUGCAGCGGCCGUGCACAUGUGUGUGUAGGCGUCAGUGCAAAUUUGUGUAUGUGUGUCCUCUUCUCUGGCUACGAAUAAGAGGAGAAGUGGAUAACAACUCCGCCAUGAUGAAAUUGAGACAUGUUCCUGCUAUAAAACGUUUAAUAAUAUCUAUAAAAUCGUUCCAUAACGUAAGCUUGGCUUGACAAAAUCACGUGAUAUACGCUAUCAGCUAUUCGAUAACCGAUAGCCGCUAAUCGCUCUCCACUCUCCGCUCUGCAAUGGAAGUUGGAAGAGGAGAGAGCGAAGGAAAAAAAGAAGAAGAAGAAGAUCGAGCCGGUGAAAAGUUGUGGCGUGCUGCUGCUGCUAAGGAAAAAGUGUUUUAAGUCAAAAAAAAAACGCUUAAUAAUACCCAGAAAACAAUAAAAACACUUCAACUAACUUUGCUUAAUGCAGAGCAAUAAAAAACACAUUGAAAAAGUGAUUUUUUUAAGGAUUUAUUCAAAUGUGAAGUGAGCGCAGCUUUCCCAACCAAUUGGUACCGCGAAGAUGGGAAACGGAAUGCACAAAAACGCAUUAAUUGUGCAAAUUCCGUAGUGAAAUUAAUAAAAUAACUUAAUACGUGAUACAAAUAAGACAUUUCUAAAACAAUUAGCAAGUGGUUACCAAGUAAAAGCCACCAAAACUGCCAUAAAAAAAAACUGAGACUCCCGCGGACAAUGUGAGACUGCAGCGGCCGUGCACAUGUGUGUGUAGGCGUCAGUGCAAAUUUGUGUACGUCUGUAUGUCAAAUAACCGUAACCUCUGCUCUGCCAGUGAGCGCUGCGAAAAAGAGGAUAAGAAGUGGAUAACAAUUACGCCAUAUUGUAAUUUAGACAUGCUGCUGCUGCUACAAAACGUUUUUAGUCCAUAAAAAACGUUUAUUAAUAUCUAUAAAACUAUUAAAUAAUUACAACUAAAACCAAUAAAAGUGAAAAAAAAAACCCUGAGACUCCCUGGGACAACAAAUGGCCGCAGCAGCCGCUGUUAUGUACAUGUGUGUGUGUGUGCAUAGCAAGAACAUCUCCAAAAAAGGAAAUGGAUUACCGUUUUCUUCAGACGAACCGUUUUAAAGUACAGUGCGCGUUUAUAAGCGAAAAUAGAAGAGCAAAGCUCGUGUGCCAGAGAUUAUUGACAUAUUGUUUGUUGUUUUAUGUUCUGUGAAAUAAAAAAAAUCUAUUAAUAACAAAAAGAAAGGAAGGAAAGAGACAAAGACAAAGACCCUUAUAAAUCAAAUAAAACUAAAAUAAAAAAUAAAAGAUGAAUUUAAUGAAAAAGACGAAAAUGAAGAAUCGAUCGUUAGGGACAAUCGACAGUAUAAUCGGAGUCAUAUCAACCAGCGACAUUCGACCAUCAGCCAAGAGCCAACCAGUCGACAGUCAACAGUCAACAGUCAACAGCUAACAGCCAACAGCCAUUCGCCAUCAGUUGUCGUUGUAGUCGCCGCUAAUUGCAAAACUCAAUAUUUGGAAUUCCAAACUGGUCAAAAUGAGGGAUUAAUGCCUGAAAACGAGCUUAAAUUUACAAGUUGAAACAGGAGCUGCUGCAGCCUGGGCCCCCAUAUUCAAUGUCCACAAUUUAAAUGCUACAUCGAACCUGUGUGUGUUCCAGCAGCAGAAGGAAAAGCAACAACGUCCAGGACUCUUAGGAACUUGAGACGGUCGCAAGUCCACCUGGCGACCAUCAGCAGCUAAAUCAAGCGGCAAGCCAAAAGGAAACCCUUGAAUAAAUCCUAGAAAUCCUAAAAACACACACACACACCAGCCAUGGCCCACUCCAAGGUGAUCCUGAAGAUCCUGUUCUCGCUAUGCGUCUGGUCCUUUGUCAUCAUUGGUCUGUUCAAGAUGCAUGGCACCAACCUGGUGCCGCAGGAGUACCAGCAGGUGCCCCUCAAUGGACGCAUUCUGCUGCAAAAGGACAUGCGGUAUGCGGAGACAACGUCCACGACCACAGAUCACUUUGAUCCCAGCGAGAUUUUAGUGGACAAUCGAACAGCCAUGGACGAUGACCAGCUGGUCAGGGACGUGGAAUCUCGCAUACCCUCGCUGCCGAUUGCCUACUGGAGCAAAAACAAGAACUUUUUGCAACAAAAGUCCUCUACCUGCGCCAAAUACCCCUCGAUCUUUGAGCUGGAAUUCAAUAACAUUUACUGGCAAACGUUGCGCACCUCGAAUGGCACCUUUCAGCUCUUUGGCGCCUACUAUGACAUCCGACGCACCUCGCUCCUGGGACCCACCGUUCGCAUUCUGGGCAUGAUUGAUCGCAUCGAGCCAAAGGUCAAGACCUAUUGCCAGUUUUGGUUCGAUGGCCAGAAGGAGCCGUUCAUUGUGAAGACCUUCGAGUACAAGUACAUUUGGUACAACAAGUGGGGCAACUACAAGCAGGGCAUCUAUCAGCCGUACCUGAUUGCCUGCCAGAUACCCAAACCGUUUCACGGUGUAGUGCCCAGCUCGGUGUCGAUGGUGGAGAAGGAGUGCGACACGGCCACCAAUAAUCUGAGAGUGAUUUACAAUCGUCCGCCGGAUGAUCAGAAGAAGGGUUUUGCCGUGUGUGUCAAGGGUUUGGAUUUCCUGUACGACGAUCUGAGUGUGAGGCUGAUUGAGUGGAUCGAAAUGCUGAAUAUUCUGGGAGCAGACAAGAUAUACUUUUAUAAUCUGCAGGUCCAUCCCAACAUCACCAAGGUAUUGAAUCACUACGAGCAGGAGGGCAAGGUCCAGGUGAUACCUCUUACCCUGCCCGGCGGUCAGCCCAAUGUCCCCGGCUUCCAGCAUUUGUAUCUCACCAAAAAGACCAAUCACAAGCGACAGAACGAGGUGAUACCCUACAAUGACUGCCUCUACAAGAACCUGUAUCUCUACGACUACAUUGCCCUGCUGGACAUUGACGAGGUGAUCAUGCCCAAGGGCGGCUCUGUCCUCUGGUCCGAGCUAAUGGACAAGGUGCGCCCCGAGUCGCGCAAGAUCAAGCCGGAUGGCUUCCACAGCUACAACUUCCGGAACGUGUACUUCCUGGACGAUCAGCAGCACGAGCAUGGCUGGCACAAGGACAUACCCAAGUACAUGCACAUGCUGCAGCACGUGCAUCGGGCCAAGAACUACACCAAGCCGAAUCAGUAUGUCAAGUGCUUCCACGAUCCGGAGCGUGUGCUCACCCUGCACAAUCACUUCCCGCUGAGCUGCCUGGGUGGGGUGUGCAAGUCCUAUCCCGUGGACACCCAGGAUGCCCAGCUGCAGCACUAUCGCGCGGAUUGUGUGAAAACUUUAAAGAAAAGCUGCGAGGAGUAUCGCGAGCAUUCGGUGGAGGACAAGACCAUUUGGAAGUACAAGGACGAGCUGAUACGGCGCACCAUCAAGGCGCUGGACACGCUGGGCUUCUUUCGCCGCCAGGGACUGAACUCGGCCUCAGGGUCGGGGGGCAGCAGCAGCGGUCUGGGCGGUGGAGCCACCACGCACUCGACGGAACGGUGAUUCACACUACUCGGAGGUGGCGGCGGCGGCUGGUCCUGGCCCUGGCAGCUAGUCGAAGCCUCCGGCAGUAGUCUCGGCAACGAGGAGUUCUUUGUCUAAAGAGAAAGAGACAGCGAGAGCAAGAGCGAGAGAGAUCCCUCGGAGAUCUGCUCCCAGUUUAGUUAGUAUAUUGUGUCCAGUUGCAGUUCCCAUCCAAGAACCAUAUAUACCACAGAGAGGAUUUUUCCAGGCCAUUUCCUUGGGUAACUAUUUAUUUUACAUUUUAUUUUUCCAAUUUUCUUUUAUUAUUUGUAUUGUUUUGU